CAGCAGUCGCACUUCACUGCUCGCCUCAUAACUAACACGCGACAUCUCAUAGACAACAUUACGAAAAUACGAAGAAAUGUAUCAAAUAGCCGGUGUUUUGAUAGCUUUAUCUACGGUCGCGGAUUGUGCAAAUUAUCAAAGAUAUGAUACAACCAGACAACCAAGUUAUACAACAAUUGCUAACUUAUACAAUCAAUAUCCGUAUAAGACUGGCAGUGAUAUAGCAACAUUUCCAGAUACGAACAGAUAUCCUAAUUAUAAUUCAGGAUAUACGACUCCUAGAUAUAACAGUUAUAAUACAGGAUCCAACGUCUUCCUACCAGGGUACACUACCCCGCAGUAUAACAGCUACGGACAAGGGUUCACAUCAUACGAAGCACCAUUUAUGAAGAAUAUCAGAGACUACUGCGUGAACAGAUCACCCCAGACUGGGAUCUGGGUGGAUAGUUUGACUGGGAUGUGGUACGGCGUGGAGUUCGUCCAGCAUUUAGCCGGGGAUUCCAGAGUGGACUACACCAGAACAUGCAUCGUGAUUCACAUAUCAGAGCCGCAUGAUCGGCCGUCAACUGAGAACCAGUUGUACCACGUGCAGCACAUCAACGCAAAAUUCCGCCAGGAGUUCCGACAUCUGCGCCUGCUCUGGGACGAGGCGGGCGAGACCAUAGAGUACGCGCUCUACUUCAGAAACGAUUCCGCGGGAUAUUGGCAAGCUGUCGUUGGUCAAAACGGUACAAUAACAAAUCGUUCCACCUACCAGCAGUUCAGUGGUUCCGUGCAAGUUCUUAAGGCUGUCAAUGACCAUUUACUUUUGAGCUUCUGUCAAGAAGGAACGGCUACUGCCCCAGCACAACUAUACUCUGUUCUCUUCUCUCGAAACCCGGGCACUAUGCCGCGCUGGGAGAUCGACUCUGUACAUACUUUGUUACAGAAUAAAAAACUCUCUGUAGCUUCUAGAAGAAUGGUCUGUGGUAAUAGCGCUGAUAAACCAUACGGUAUGGUCAUUUCGAUCUUAACAUGCUUAUUGGCGUAUGCGAUUAGCACGUCAUAGAAUCUUUUUUAAACAAACAUCAAAUGCAUUUUCAAAAUCAUAAUAAAAAUUCUAUCUUUUACACAUUGUAUCUUUAUAAAGUUUCAGUAUUUUCUAAGAAUUUUUUAAAUGGAUAGGAAUUUCUCUUUCUUGCGAAAUCAAAACAGUUGCAUCAAGUGCCAGGAAUGCAUUUUAACAUCCGUCCUAUGAAAAUGGAAAUUAAUUAGGUUAUGACUAGUAUUGGUAAUGUUGGAAAAUACUUAAUAUCAAACACUAAUAAUUAACUAAGAAAAUUAAAUCCGAGUUAUUGUGUUCAUUCAAUAAAUAAGAUCUGAAAACAACCUCUUGAAAUCUCGCAUAAUUUUCAGUAUUGUAUAAAAACAGUUUAAUAAAUAAGUGUAACUAAGUAUUUACUUAGUCUUCUUUAAUUUAUAUAAUUGUACGAAAGACUAAUAUUUUUUAAGAUAAAAUGGUAAA